AUGGAUAUUAUUCCUCAGCCGUCCUUUUCUCCUCCGUCAGAGGGGAAUGAAGACAUCCUUGGGCCACCCACUGCACACGCUCCACUGCCUGGCGAAGGAACUCAUUUGCGUCAAAAUCUUGUUGCAGGGGUUCCCGUUUCGUCGUGGAAUUUCUUUCACCUCCUUCUGGCUGGCGAUAGCCAUGCCACACGUCGAAGCGUCAAGGCAGUUGCUCUGGAAAAUCUCGAGCUUUUCACUCCUCGAUUCGAUGUGCCUCUUUCGAUGCAACGAGAACUGGCUCUCAGUCGACUGAGAAAACUAUGUCGAGCUGGACUUUUUUCCGUGUUUGACUUUGAUAGAGCCCCCCGGCGUCUCUUGACCAUGCAUGAAUGCUGUGGGAUGCUGGAUGCAUCCUUGGCAACGAAAUUCACCGUGCAAUUCAACCUCUUCGGCGGCACUCUUUUGAGGCUCGGCUCGAAAGAAAAUCCUGUCCAGCGCGAAAUCCUCAACAAAAUCGACAGCCUGCAGGAGAUCGGAUGUUUCGCUCUAACGGAAUUAGGUUAUGGCAACAACGCCGUGUGCCUCGAGACAACGGCUACUUACGAACCGACACGCGAGGAGUUUGUCAUCAACUCGCCAACAACUCUGUCGCAGAAAUACUGGAUCACAAAUGGCGCUUUGCAUGCUUCUUGGGCAAUCGUCUUUGCUCAAAUGAUAAUUCGAGGAGCCAGUCACGGUGUCCACGCCUUCCUCGUUCGAAUCCGACAGCCGUCGAACAUAUCAGGAAGCUCCGACAAACUCCGAGUCUGUCAUGGGGUGACGAUCGAAGAUAUGGGCCACCGGAUCGGAUGCAACGGAGUAGACAAUGCAAAAAUCACCUUUCAUAACGUCAGAAUCCCACGCUCCCACUUGCUUGAUGGCAUUACGAAGGUGGAGCCGGACGGGCGUAUCUUUUCCAUCGUGGACGGGCCCCAGUCUCUCUCUGUGGACCUGGAACAGUUCAUCAAAAGCCGGGAGGGUAAAACACCGGAACCUUGGGGGAACACUGAAGAAAAGAGUUCUGUCCCGACUGCGGAUCGCGAGAACGGAGUGAAAAACCGUAUGCAGUCUCAGAGGCCGCAAUUGACGUCAACUGAGUGGUCCAGGGGGACGAGUGCGGAGAAUAGGGACGGAAAGUCAUGGAAAGAGGGCGCAUCCUCAGUCUCUCAAAAACAAGACGCAGUUCGAGAUGCGUCUUCCAUUGAGAAAACCGGGGUACAGCCGGGCUCUGCGUCCAUAGCACGCAAUCGCUUUCUCCUACAGACUGAGCAAUUGCUCUCAGGACGUCUGUGCAUCGCCUGCAUGAUGAUAGGAGGGAUGAAAGUUGUCCUGAACAAUACACUCCGAUACUCUUCAACGCGGCUAUCUACGGGACCGUCGGGUCUCUCCGACACGCCUAUUUUGUCUUUUGCUGUGCAAAAGCAGACGCUGAUGCCGCUGCUCGCUCAGGCCUUGGUCCUCAUGGCAUGGACCAAUGAAGUCAAAGCUCUCUACGAGCGUUUUACUCGCAUUCUCUCUCGAACGAUGUCCGUGCGUCAAACGUUUCUGCGAGAGAGAAUUGCUCUUUCUGCGGCUGUGAGGAAACAGCGGCAGUUCGAGACUCGAGAGCAGGGUGGGAGCAGUGGCGAAAGAAGUCGAGAGGAAACUGCGAUUCCUUUGACAGAGGAAGCCCGAGGCUUCGAGGCGUACUUAAGACUGCUGGGGCACAUGAAGCAGCACAAGCACGAGCUAUGCGCCCAAGCAAUGGAAGCUCCUCUCCUUCUCUUCGGUCUUUCCUGUCUUGAGGGAGACCUGGGGUUCAUGAUGGCCGAGAAGCUGAUCAAACCUGAAGAAGUUCACGUGCUUCAUCAGGCAAAGAAUGAUUCCGUGGACCAAGUAGCGGCGAUAUCCAUGGAAUUAAUCAAAUGCUUUGGCAUUCCCGAAAAGCUCUUGUUCGCUCCUAUUUCAGGAGAUUGGCAAGCUUUCAACGACCCCCGCCGACCCACGAAUGGGGAACUGCUACGCUACCACACCGGCGGCUGA